UGGCUCUGGCCGCGCGUGCGCGAGACGAGGCGAGAGAGAGAGAGAGGGGCAGAAGGUGAUCGAAUGUUCUUCCGGGGCCACAGAGCAGCCGAGAGCGGAGGCCCGAGAGCGACACGGACACUCAGGACAGGCCGAGCCGAGCAGCUAUGGUGCAGUUACACAUCAAGCGUGGUGAUGAGCCCCAGUUUCUGUUUAGCACUACAGUGGAUGUCCCUGUAAGUGAAGCAACCAACCAAAUAACAGCUAUUUACAAUGGGAGGCUCAAAGUCGAAAGGAUUUGUGGAGAAAUUGGAGAAUUGGCAGAGCACGGCAUCUUCCUACCUCUCAACAUGCAGGGAUUGACAGAUGAGCAGAUCGAGGAGCUGAAACUGAAGGAUGAGUGGGCAUUGAAAUGUGUGCCAAGUGGAGGGUCUCAAUUUAAAAAAGAUGAAAUCGGACGAAGAAAUGGCUAUGCUCCAAAUGAAAAGAUGAAAGAAGUUUUAAAGAAGACAGUUGAAGCAGCUAAGGCAUUGAUAUCAAAGAAACAAGUUCUGGCCAAUGUAUGUGUCACAAAGGAAAUGGUGAAAGAUGCACAUGACCAGCUGCGAGGAGCUGUUAUGAUUGUUUAUCCCAUGGGACUACCACCAUACGAUCCAAUCAGACAAGAAUUUGAAGGGAAUGAAGACCUAUCUGGAUUGCAAGCUGGGAAAGAGGUGAUCGAGCAGGCCGAUGCCCAGCUGUGGUGGGCAGGGAAGGAAAUGCAGAGAGGAAAGAAACUGUCCAACUAUGUGGGCACAAACGAGAAAACAAAAAUUACAGUAAAAAUACAAAAACGAGGUCAGGGGGCUCCAGCUAGAGAGCCAGUGAUCACUGAAGAGGAACAGAAACAGAUGAUGAUGCACUACUAUAAACGACAAGAAGAACUCAAGAAACUUGAAGAAAAUGAUGAAGAUUCGCAUCUUGACUCUGAGUGGGCAGACAGACAUGCUCUGAAAAGGCAAUUUCAAGGUGUAAAAGACAUCAAGUGGGGCCCCAGAUGAGGUCAACAGUCAACUACUAUAGUACAGCUCCCUUUAGAUGCUUUUAAAUCAAUGUGGAAGCUGCAUUGUCCUUGUAUUUAUGACUACGUAUUUCUUCAAUGGAAGAGGAAUUUUUAACAGUUGCUAAUCUUUUUGUUGCUCUUUCCCACAAACAGAAAUGUUUCAUGGCAUGGCAUGUUUUCAGAAUGUUUUGGAUUGCCUGUAAAUUUGCAGUAGAAAAAACUAGGAAUUGAAUGAAAUCCUGUAUGACCUAACUCAUUUCUCACAAAUCUAUUAUUAAUGUAGACUGUUGUGGAUUUUUCACCACUCUUUGUCGUACUCUAUUCACAUUGAAUAAAUGCUGUUUUUCCAGUUU